AUGCCUCUUUUAUGUUUCUUUUUGGUUUUGUUCUGCGCUUUAACACCCGUGCAGUAUGCGGUGUAUGUUGAUGUCUUGAAAGAGUUUUGGGGCUGCAUGAAAAAGCAGCAUUUAUCGUCUGCUGCUGCAGCACAAGAGAAGCAGCAGCAGCGCUGGAAGGCGUUUGCUGCUGCUGCUACUUUGAGAAAAAUAUGCAAUCACCCUGAUCUUGUGCUGCUGCAGCAGCAGCACCAGCAGCAGCAGCAGCAGCAAAGAAAGAAGCAGCUUAAACAGAUCCAGCAGCAGCAAGAACUUCUACUCAACCUACCACCAAAUACCCGAGUCAAACGCAGACGUUUGCUGCUGCUGCUGAAGGAGCAGCAGCAGGAACAGCAGCAGCAGCAGGAACAGCAGCAAGAGCAGCAGCAAGAGCAGCAGCAGGAGCAGCAGGGAGCAGCAGCAGCAGCUUUGGGGGAUUUCGGGUCCGCACACAGGUCUGGGAAGCUGCGGGUGUUGAUGUCGAUGGUUUCCGUUUGGGCUCAGCAGCAGCACAAGGCAAUAGUGUUUGCUCAGACUCAGCAAACCCUUUCAUGCAUAGCAGCAGCAAUGGGGAGAGGUGUAUAUACACCGCAGCAGCAGCAGACAGCAGCAGCAGCAGCAGCAGCAGCAGCAGCAGCAGCAGAAGCACCACGUCGCAUUUCUUUCCUCAGGCUCGACGGAGCCACCCCAGUUAAACAAAGACAAAAAAUCAUCGCUCAAUUUCAAACUGAUCCUGAGCUUUUUACAGAGCCGCCUCCACCUGCAGACCUCCCUGAAGACAUGGAUUCGGACAGCCUGACUGAGUAUAGGAAAAGAAUACGCCGCAGCUACAAAGAUGCUGUUGCUGCUGCUGAAGUUGAGGAGUUGAAGGAAAUAGCAGGCAGCAGCAGCAGCAGCAGCAGCAGCAGUGAUGGCGCUGCAGCAGGAGACGCCCAGCUGCUGCAAUCUCUAUUUGAAAAGGGCGUACAAGUGGCUUCCCAAGCUAUGGAGGCGCUGCGCAUUUCAAGGCAAGAGCGAAUGUCCCAUACAAUUGACGUUCCGACGUGGACGGGGAAGAGAGGAGUGGCGGGGCGCAACUUUAAGACAAGCUACAGCAGCAGCAGCAGCAGCAGCAGCAGCUGCAGCAGCAGGAGCAUUCUAGCCAACUUGAGGCGCCUCCAUCAGCCCCAAAUCCUGGAGUCGUUUGCUGCACAAGUUCCUGACCACCGCAAACAUGUUUUCAAGGCCAUCUUGAAGGAGCUGUGCGUCCUCCGGCGUAGUGAAAACCCUGAGAAAGAGCCGAGCCUUUGGCAGUUGCGAGAGGAGUUCAGGGAGUAG